GCAGGACCCUUUAAGUUCAUAAUGGCGGCGCCCGAUAGAGCAUUAAACUGUGAGGACUUUGCAAUGUUCCAGGAAGUAUUAAAAGUGAUGCGCACCAUUGAUGACAGAAUUGUCCAUGCCCUUAAUACCACUGUGCCCACUGUAUCCUUCUCUGGCAAAGUGGAUGCCACACAGACCUGCAAAGAGCUUUACGAGUCCCUCAUGGAGGCUCAUCUGUCUAGAGAUAAGGCAAUAAAGGCAUGUAUUACAGAGACCUCAACUGUCGUCGGACAGUUACGUGAAGAGAGGGCAAAGGAUAGCGACAACUUGUCAAUUAUCAAGCAACUCAGGAAAGAGCAAACUAAGUUAAAACUCAUGCAGUCAGAGCUAAAUGUUGAAGAAGUGGUCAAUGACCGUAGUCUGAAGGUAUUCAAUGAAAGGUGCCGAAUUCACUACACCCCUCCCAAGAUCAAGUGAAUGGUAGUUCUGUUCUGUCAAGAGUCAAAAGUUCACAGUUGUUCCGAGGACGACACCUGGAGCUGUGCUGGGACAUUGACCUCCCCAAGCGUCACUGUCGCUCGCCCCACUAAACCAACCCCCUCCAGUCUCCUCUGUGGCUUUGUGUUUCUACAGUGAAGGAACAUUACUGUUAUCCAAGUCCUGUAUACCUUUUCAUAAAAAUAUUGUACAAAACGGAUUUUAUAAACAUCAAAAUGUUUUCCAUUAGCUGAAAAAUUGUCUAUUGUUUGUUUGUUUGUAAGUUUAGUUAGUAGUGAAUUUUCACUUGAAGAGGAGUGGAAUGUGUGCAUUGACAAAUCUAAGAAGAUGGGUAACAAUGAGAUUGUUAUUCUGUUAUGAUAUACCAACACCCACCUGUGCCAAAGUGUAAUGCACAUCUGUUCAUAAACCCCAACUGACAGUACUGCACUUUUAUGACUUGGAUAGCAAGACUAAACACAAGCAUGAUGCCAACAUAGAAAAUGUUCACAUGAACAGUUUUAUCCAUGCAUUGUACGUAAAUAUUGUGUACAGUACAGGCGAUUAUUUACGUAU